UGUCAUUAAUAAGACGGGGAACCGAUACCAUCCAAAGGGCAGAACACAGUCACAGGACCCAGACUGAGGGGGGAGAGAGAGGAUGGCUGGAAGGUUAGAGAGAGAAACGGUGGUGGCCCUGCCGGAAGAGUUGUGGGAUAACAUAUUGGGGAGGCUUCCUGCCAAGACAUUUGCGAGGGCCUGCAUUACAUGUCGUCCAUGGAACCGCAUUUGCAAUCGAGUACUCUCACGCCCUAAGUUCCUCUCUACUCUCUCUCUCCGCCCCACUUUCGAGGAAUGCAUGGAUGAGGCCUUAACCAAGGUUCUCUCUGAACCAAUACGACCACACUUUGUGAUGGCUUUCACUGGCUUUCCUUCUUCGUUAGAGAAGACACACAAUCUCUUAAGGUCUCAAUUUGGUGGCACAGUUCCGCUGGUUACAUGUUUUUCUUUGGGUCUUCUUGGCACAAAUGCUACCGGUGAUGAAGUUGAGGAGGUUCUAUGGGAUCAUGAUAGUGUGGAUACAAAUGAACUUGUAAACCGUGGUCUACUGAUUACCGUUGGUUUUGUUCCUGGCCUUAAAGUUGGAACUGUUCCUUUGUUUGGCUCUCCUAAGAUCUCUACUAGAAAAACUUUGGUGGAUUCCUUUUUGACUGAUAUUAACAACUUCACAUCAGAUUGUGCCACCCCUGCUGGGAUUGUGAUGUUUACUGAAUUUAAGCCUGACUUGAGUUAUGUUCUUCAGAUGAUGGAUGAUGCUUUGCUCGGGCAAACUCCUAUAGUAGGUUGUGUUGCUGCUUUAGAUAAUCAGAGAUGUUUCCUAUAUAGUGCUGGAGAUCCCUCAGGAAUAAAGGCACUGCAGAUUGGUCCAAGCAAUGAAUGUGAUGCUGUUGCUCUUGUAUUUGCCAAGGACAAAGAUAAUGAUCAAGGACUGAAUGAAAUCCACUUCACUUCUGCCUUAUCAACUGGUUUAAGACCUAGGGGUCCUCUAUACAAGGCUGCUGCUGUUAAAAUACGUCAAAACGCAACAUGGCUUACUGCUAGAAGAGAAGGCAUUCCAAUGGAGCUUGAUGGUGAAAGGAUUUGGGAAGAUCUUCGUAAUGAGGUUGGAAAUGAAAUUUACGGGGAUGUUUAUGUCGGAGUUUUAAAGAAAAGGAAGCGCUCCAUUGCAGCAGGGAAAAGACAAUUUGGAAAACCUAUUUCCUUGUUCGCAUUUCAUGGAUUUCAUAACUUGGAUGAAGAGUACCUUUACGUUGAAGGUUAGGGGUUUAGAACUGGAGAUCCCUUUAGCUUUUAUGUGUCUGAUAGAGAGACCGCAUUGGCAUCACGUGAUGCUGUUUAUGAGCAACUUAAGGUUUUGAAGCAAACUGAGGUACAAAAUUGCUCAAAAAGUUCAUCAGAUGGCACGCAGAUGCAUGUAUUUGGAGGGCUUAUCUUUUCUUGCACAGGCCGUGAUGCUACAUUUUUCAGCAAGAAAAAUGUUGAUAGCUCUGCAUUUUCUGAUAAUUUUCCUAGUGUUCCAUUAGCAGGAGCUUUCUGUGGAGGUGAGAUUGGACCUCCAGCUCUAGGAGAGAUGGAGAAAAGGGAACUGAACUUGAGUGGGUCUUGUUUGAAUUUCUUUAGCACUGUCUAUCUUGUUAUGUCAUACACUACAACUUCUAAACCAUAGACCUCAUUCUUGGGCAUUUUUCCUCCUUUGUUGAUGGUAUACAGAGCAUAUAACUCGUCAAAUGGUUAUAUAUUCAAGUUUAAUGACUAUAAAUUGAGGCCACCGUUUGAGAGCAUCA